AAAUGAAAUAAGUGAAAAACCCUAGAAGAAGAAGAAAAUAAGUCGUUGCAGUUCCUCUUCCAGCCUGCAGGGGCGGCAGUGCGUCAUUCUCACGAGCGAACACUGACUGCAGAUGAAAUGCAUCAUGGCGGAGCGACUCUGAAAUAAAACAAAACUGUGCGGAAAAACAUCGGGAUUAAACCCCGAAAUCCUGCUAAUUCAUCCCACAUCCGCCCAAUCUGCGAUUAUAAUCACACAAGGAGUCGCGGCUCGAUAAAUCGCGCUAUUUGCGUUUGUCGUCAAAGGUGUUAUUGCUUAUCGGGAGACGCCGCGAUACUUAAUGAUCACAAUAUAAGAUAAACACACAUAUUAUUAUUUUUAUUUCACGUUGUUGCGUUUGCGGCGUUUAAAUUAAGAUUAUUUCUUUAUUAAGCAACAGUGUUCGUCUUUACUUGAGUGCAGACAUCAAAACGGCCCUGUGAAAUCACAGGCGCGAAUGUAAAAGAUUGUUUAUUGUUUCAUUAAACAUUAAAACGAUGGAGAAAAGGCAGCAUAAAUCAGACAAACAUCAUCGCCGACAUCUUCACCACCGCCAUCAUCAUCAGUCCUCCAGCAGCAGCAGCGGGGAGUCCGGCGGCAGCAGCCCGGCCCACGGGGCGCCCAAAGCGGCCAACGCCUUCGCCAAUGACGGCAGCUUCAUGGAGAUGUUCAAGAAGAAGAUGGAGGAGGAGGAGAAGAGGAAGAGAGAGACUGAGGAGGAGGAGAAGACGAAGAGUUCUGAUCCGCCAGGGCAAGCGGCUCAGGACAAGAAGCCUUGUAGCGUGAGCAGCAUUGUGGGCAAGCGGAGGGGAGGCGCGCGUCUGGCCCUCAAGACAGGGAUGGUGGCCAAGAAACAGAAACUGGACUCAGAGGCGGAGGCUGGGAAAGGAGACGCCUGGACUAAAUACAUGGCAGAAGUGAAAAAGUAUAAAGCGCAUCAGUGUGGAGACGAUGAUAAGACCAGACCACUGGUCAAAUAGACUGGAGCUCUUCUCGUGGGCCGCACUGCCACAUCAUCAUCCUCUCUCUCACACACACACUCUUUUCCUUCAACUCUUUGUUUCCAGAUUGCGUUUUACCUUGUGCGCUGCCGUAUUUGACCGUCUGUUGGGUUCUGAUUAUUUUAUGAUGUUAUUCGCAGUGUAUUCUCCAGUCCAUGGCAUUAGAAAAGCUCUCGCUCACCUUGUUGAUAUUUUGUACUCCACAUGUUUGGUACUUGAGUCUCGAUUGAUGAUGUAAUUAAAGUCACAGUACCGCAGAAUCGCCCGUCUUCUGGCUCUGUGUGAUGUAAAAAACUCCCGAUCUCAUUGUUAAUGUGUUUUACACACUUUACCACAGCUAGGAUGCCAUGCUUUUGUCUUUAACAAAAAUGGUUCUGGAUUGAGUCUCCACCAUUGUAUGAUGUUUGCUUCUUUGUUUUGGAUGAAAUUACUUGCCAUGUGUAUAAACACCAUUGUCAAAAAGUG